CCUACGUUCUGGCAAUUGUGAUGAAUUUCUUGCGUCUGCUUUCGGAAAAUGAACUUUCUACUUGAUUUCUUCUUGAUAAAUUGAUUUUUCUAUUUUCAAAACUUAAGCCUCAUGACUCUUAACAAGGGAAUCAGCUGUCAGUACCGCCUGUAAUUACAACAAGCAGCUGAAAAUUGAAUUUCUAUGAACAAUCAACAUGAAUCCCCUUCACAAGCUCUUUCACUUCAAGAGCUCUCUUUUCCAACUUUUCUUAAUUUUAUAAAAACUCACUUUUAUACUGCUCGCCAGUCUGUGACGUGGCAUCGCCAUGUCACAGGGAUUCAAUUGGAAUGACGUUGCAUAUGAGAUGGCUCCGAUCUCACAAUACACUGAUUUGUAUUCAAAUCAACCAAGAAUUUAUAUGUUUGAAGGAGCCACCAUCAUCGACCUGAUCCUACUACUGGGAACUACGAUUCUGACCAUGUUCUGGUUAAUUGUCCUUAUCAAAAGUGAAUCUAGCGUCACAAAAUCAAUGAUGACGGUUACAGUAUCUCAGAUAUUUGUGAAUCUUUCUGUAAGAUUGAUUAAAACUGCGAUACUUUUGUUGGUACAGUACCCGCAGUUUUCAUGGCUUUUUGUGGCGAGCAGCGUUGAAACAUCAUUUCAUUACACACUAUAUCUGCAGUUUACUUCAUCAGUACUUUUGUAUGUAUUUCUGAGAGAAAAGGAUCUAAAGAGUUCAUGGACAUUGUUCUACUACAUCCCAUCAAUUGCGGUUUCUCUUUUCGUUUCUGUGCUCAAUGUCAAUUUUAAUCAACUUCUUUUUUCAUUUCCAUUCUACAUUUAUGUCAUCUUCUAUGUUGCAAUGUCAGUGUCAAAUGUUGUGAUUUUAAUUGGAAUUCUUGUUUCUUGCACAAAAUACACCCGCGAGAAGCUUGCAAUUCGUUGCCGUUUAUUCAUUUUUGUAAUUGUUUCAUCACCUCCAGUACUUUUCAAUACUGUAAUAACAAUUAUGGAUUUGUUAUUUAUGGUUGUUGGUAUUUCACAGCAAUUCCCCAUUCCCUACAUCGUAAUGACGACCUAUCGCUACAACUGUUUUGAAGCUACUCCAGUAUUCAUUUUGAUUGCUUUUGGAGCAUUAAUGCCGGAUUUGAAAGAAUGGAGCAUUUCAAAAACAACAACCACAGCUGAAGCCACCAUAAUCGUCACUGAGCCAACAUCAUCAUCAUCAUCAAACAGGCCAAUUCCAAUUGUUUCUCAAAGUUCGAUUCCUGAAUCAUCAAUACCAAUUCCAAAUCGAAUUGAUCCAGAACAUCAAGAAUUUGUAGCAGCGCCUGUUCCAACAUAUGGGAAUUUGAACUAUGGAAUGGGAGCACUUGUUGUUCAUAUUCAACCUGUAAAUAACUCUUAAUCUUUGAAAACAUGUUGAUUAUAAAAAUGAACACAUUGUUAACAGUCUCUAAAAU